AUGCAGGCUACUCUGCAAAAGAUCACCCAGGCCAAUCCAGGUGACAUCUUCAAGAGUGGAGCCGAAAUUCUACUCAAUGGUCUUGCUGGUGGCGACUAUGUGACUAUUGCCAAGGCAUACUUGCUCGAGAGUAGCACCUUCAACAUCAAUCCAAUUCCACCGAAGAGUCAGAACAUUUACAACAUCCCUGGUGAUGCGCCAUACGAUCUGACUGAGGCGCAAUUGCGUCAAGUCAUUUACAUCCCGCCAGACUUCACCUACGGCAGGAUCCCACCGGUCUUGUUCCUGCCUGGUACCGGUGUCGAGGCUGGAGCAAACUUCGGACCAAACUUUGGCAAACUGUUCAAAGCCCAAAAGGUUGCGGAUCCAGUCUACGUCAACAUUCCCAACAACAACUUGGGAGAUAUUCAGGUCGUUGCUGAAUAUGUCGCGUACGCGAUCAACUACAUCUCAUCCAUCACCAGCAAGAAAGUCAACACCGUGUCCUGGUCUGCAGGCUCCAUUGACGCUCAAUGGGCGCUCAAGUACUGGCCUUCGACGCGCAACAACACUAUAAACAAGAUCUCCAUCUCACCUGAUUACCACGGCACCAUCUUCGCCCAGAUCCUCUGCCCAGGCUUUGAGACUCCAGGCUGCACCCCAGCCGUCGCCCAACAAAACUACAACAGCACCUUCAUCCGCACCCUCCGCAACAACGGCGGCGACCAGUCCUACGUCCCAACCACCAACGUCUACAGCAUCUUCGACGAAAUCGUCCAACCCCAAGAAGACCCCAACGCCUCAGGCUUCCUGAACCCAGGCCCAGGCGGCGUCUCCAACACCGAGCUCCAAUCCGUCUGCACUCCUUUCCUCCCCGGCGGGACUCUCUACAACAGCCACGAAGGCGUCCUGUACAACGCUCUCGCCUACGCGCUCGCCAAAGACGCCAUCCAAAACGGUGGACCAGGCCAACUCUCUCGUGUCAAUGCUAGUGCCGAAUGCGUGAAAUUCGCCGCUGAUGGUUUGAGCUUGCCGGAUAUUUUUGCUACUGAGGCUGUGAUUCCUGAGGCUGGCUUUGCGAUUAUUGCGUACCAGCCGAAGGUUGCGCAGGAGCCGCCGAUUAAGGCUUAUGCGAGGAAGGAUACGCCGGCUUAG